AUGAGUAAUAAUCGAAAGGUAAAUGACCCCCUAUUGGCCAACUUAAAUGCGUUUAAAAAUAAGGUAAAAUCAGCUCCUGUGAUUGGAGUAAAACGUUCGGUUAGCCCCCAAAAGAAGAGAACGAUAGCACAAGUUAAGAAGGAAGAUGACGACGACGAUAUUGAAGUUAUAAAAGAAGAGAAGGUUGAAAGUGGAAAUUCAGGUUUAAAUUCGAUGGAGGCUCUAGAGAUCCCAUCAGAUGACGACUAUGAAAGUUCCCCCUCUAAGAAAGUAAGACCUGGAUCCCUUGCUGCAGCGGCACUGCAAGCCUCCCAGACUAGUAUUUCACAAAGUCACGACUCUUCGAAAUUACUGUGGGCUACAGAAUACAUUCAAAAGAAAGGUAAAGCAAUUCCUUUAAAUGAGUUGAUGGAUUACUUGUCUUUGACUCCUAAUGAUAAAGUUAUCGAACUAUUAAAGAAAUUGGAAAAGAUUGGAUUUGAUUCUAAGAAGAACACCUUCAAGUAUUUAUCGACAUAUGAUGUUCAUUCUGCAUCUGAACUACUAAAUCUUUUAAAAUCCCAAGUAACAUUUAAAGGUAUCUCUUGCAAAGAAUUAAAGGAUGGUUGGCCGCAAUGUGAUGCAACUAUCAAUGAACUAGAAGAAGAAAGUAAAAUACUGGUUCUUAGAACUAAGAAAGAUAGAACACCAAGAUAUGUUUGGUAUAAUAACGGUGGUGAUCUUCAUAGAGUGGAUGAAGAGUUUGUGAAAACGUGGGAAAACAUACAAUUACCUCAAUUCUCAGAAUUACCAAGGAAAUUGCAAGAUCUUGGUUUGAAGCCUGCGAGUGUUGAUCCUGCAACAAUUAAAAGACAAUCCUCAAGAGUUGAAGUUAAGAAGAAGAAACAGAGAAGAGGUAAGGUCACUAAUACGCAUAUGGCUGGUAUCCUAAAGGAUUAUUCACAUAGGGUCUGA